AUGCCAGGCCCAUCUCUAAACGGACGUGUGCUGGCCUUCGUCGAGGCUCGAAUGCCCGACGAAAUGGCCAGCCUUAUCCGACGCCACGGCGGUGUUCCCCUGGGCGCUCCCGUGCUACAGGAACACUACCUGAAGGACAGCCCCCAGGUUCAACAAGCCAUAACCGAUGUGUGCAACGGAACGGUGGGCGUCGCGAUCUUUCUAACCGGUGUGGGCACUCAGGCGAUGAUGGAAACCGCGGCGGCUAUGGGUUGCCAGGACGAAUUCGUCGCCAGCCUUCGAAAUGCCACCGUGGUCGCACGGAGUCCGAAACCGGCCCGGGUAUUGCGGCGUCAUAAAAUCCCGAUCGAAUCAUGCCGCCGGAACCCUAUACAUCCGCUGACUUGA